ACGAACAUCAUGGCGACCCCGACGACCACCUCGCAGGCCGCUACCAGAGGCUCGAAUAAAUUCGAACCCAGCGAUAACUUCUUCGAAGUCAGAGAGGAAGAACUAGGCUGGACCACGGUGUACGAGAUAGCGAAAAAAUUCAAUGGCUGGAGGCAAGUGCCGCCCAAUGUAUACAGAUCCCAUGGGCACAAGUACUCAGACGAGGAGAUGUACGGGUACCUGGGCAGAGACAUUGAGAGGGACGGGCCGCUGACUGAAAACCUGCAAUGGGUGACAGCGGAUGGGGAGAGUUUGAAAGAGUAUACGUUGAAUCAUGGAUGGAAGGAGGGGCAGGGACCGCCGCUGGACAAGUGGAAGGAGGUGGCUAAGGAUAAAGGCUAUUGGAGGGAGCUGAAGAUGACGAGGAACCAAGAGGAUAGGGAGGAGAAGCGAAAGGAACUCAAGGCCAAACAAGCAACGGAAGGAUCGGAGUGA